CACACACACACACCCAAACACACACACACACACACACACACACACACACACCACACAUCUACAUACAUAAUUAGGAGAGUGAUAACGAAAUACUUGAACACAUUAUAAUACAAGCGUACAUGCAUACAUAAUCAGUAAUACUUCAAUACUAAAUUACUAAAUACUAAAGACUACAAUUAUAAAUACUAAAUACUUGAACACAUUAAGGGUUUUCACGUUUCCUCGUAGCAUAAUAUAGGUAUUUCCCAGUGUUACAUAGUUCUUUGACAUUAUUUACACUCAAUUUUUUUUAUUAAUUUGAACACACUUGGAUUUCUGUAGUAAAACUCUUUUAUAUAUCUAACCCUUAACUCUUUAUAAUAUGAACACUUCAAUAUGAAAUGAAAUUCAUCCUCUACAUCACCGUCAUUACAUCUGUUACACAAUCUAUUUUUUCUACCAAUUUUUCUACGACGUCCAGUCUCUAUAUUAAGAUAAUGCACAGAUAAUCUAAACCUAGUAAUCAUGUUUAUAUUUUCUUCAAUAGGCUUACAUAAAUAAUAUUGUAUACCAAAAUUAUCAGCAAGAUAUUGGUACAAAAAUCCUUUAGAUGAGAUUUUAAUUCUACUAAGCAUAUUUUGUUUAUUUACGUCUUAUAAUCUUUGUUUUAUUACAUUAUAUGCAGCAGAUACAGGUAAAUCAUUUUCAAACAUUUAAAAUUUUCUUACAAAAUGCUAAAUGUACCUUCUCUAUAUCAUAUGCAUUAUGGAAUCCCCAUAUUACUGAUGCAUAGCCAAGGAUACUACUAAUAUAUGUAUCAAAGACAGAACAACGCGUUUCUAUAUUUAAAGAAUAGUUUCUUACAGAAGACAUUAGUGAAAAUAAAGCCUUUCUACCCUGGUCUGCUGAAUGUUUCUUUAGUUUUUACCAUUAUAUUUCAUCAGAACACAUAAAUACUUAAACUCGUCAACAACUUGCAGUGGUUUUUUUAUCAUUUGUCCACCGUUCGUUGUUUUUUUAAAUUUCCACCGUUUCUAAAGCGGAGGCAACACGGGGAACGUCGAUCUUUUUCGAGGCUUUCAAAGUACUGGAGAAAUGGGAGAGUUCCCUUUCUACGCCCAAAGAGGAGCGGUUAACGGAAGUAUGCCUGGAGCGCCCGGGGGUUUCCAUCCCUCCUCAGCAGGACCGGUCAACAAACAAAACUCGACCUGUUUCUACUGCUACGGGGCCGGACACUGGGCAAGCAACUGCCCGAGGAGAGUCAGAACCACCCCAACCCACACCCAGAGUGUCCCCGCAAUCAAACAAUGAAGAUCAGAAGAUGAACACUGUGUUAUUAGGGCCAGUUUGGUCAGAGGUUGAGGAUAUGAAAGGCCAUCCUUUGCUUUGUGAAGCAGCAUCUAAAUUGGAAUCUGUGUUAAAGGCCAGCCAUGCUUCUUCUACAGACAAGCAAUACUGUUCGAAUUUCGCUAAAUUUAAAGAUUGGUGUCGUAUUACAGGCCUGGGAUAUCUGCCCUCUAGAAGUAGUACAGUAGCCGUAUAUUUGUCUUAUUUGGUUCAACAGUCAGUCUCGGUAUCUACCCUUAAUUCACAUUUCUAUAGCAUAAAGUGGCAACAUGAUUUCGCAGAUUUGCCUAAUCCAUGUACAGACAAGUUUGUUUUAAAAUCUUUAGAAGGAGCUAAACGUAUUCUUUCUAAGCCUAUUUUUAAAAAAUCUCCCAUUUCUGUGGAACAUAUAGAGUCCAUUUUUAGAAAGUACGGAAACUCGGAAAACGUUAAGGAUUUACGGUUAUGCACUUUGUGCAUUUUAGGAUUUGCAGGGUUUUUCAGAUUCAGUGAACUAGUCGAUUUAAAAAUGUCAAAUUGCGUUUUGAAAAGUUCACACCUUGAAAUUACACUUGUUCAUAGCAAAACAGAUGUCUAUCGUCAAGGCAACGUUGUGGUGAUUGCGAAAACAGGGAAGAAAACUUGUCCAGUUGCUUGUUUUGUGAAAUACAUUACAGCUGCCGGGUUAAGUUUUGGUGCAGAUUCAUACAUUUUCAGAGCUGUUUCCUUUUGUAAAUCUACAGGAACAUAUAAGUUAUGUAGUCGAAAUCAAGCUCUUUCUUACACUAGAGUUAGAGAGAUUUUUCUGGGCGCAAUUUCGGAAAUUGGACUAAAAAAGUCAGAAUUUGGUCUACAUAGCUUGAGGGCUGGUGGCGCCACUAUAGCCGCUAACAAUGGCAUUUCAGAGAGAUUAUUUAAAGCACAUGGCAGAUGGGCCAGCGAGAAAGCAAAGGAUGGUUAUGUUUUGGAUGAUCUUGAUCAUAAAAUUUCUGUUUCCGCUAAUCUUGGCAUUUAAAAUUUUAUUCCUUUGAUGUUCGAAAUAUUGCUGUACACGAAUCUCGCAGGCUAUUAAAUUGUAAAAACAAUUGUUUGGUUUAUGUUAUUAUUGCUAAAUAGAUACGAAAUGAUUUAUGUACGGAUGAGGAACGAAGGAGAACAUAAAUGAAUUUCGUUUCGUUUGUAGUGUAGUUCUUAAAUUCGUGCUACAGGUGUAGUGUAGCACUUCGCACGUGCAUUUAGUGUGUAUUAGCAUUCGACGAGAUCGUUCACAGCAGU